CACGAGCAGCUCUUAUCCGCGCCCUCCCCUCCCUAAACCCUCAACCAGUCACCCAUGGCGAUGGCCGGCGCCGCCGCCGCCGGUCGCUGCCUCCUGCUCUCCCGCCCGUCCCCCCUCCGCCUCCGCCUCCUCCGCGCGGCCCUCUCCACCGCCGCCCCCACCCUCACCCCCACCUCCGCUCCCGCUCCCCCUCCGCGGCACGAGCUCCUCCUCGAGCGCCUCCGCCUCCGCCACCUCAAGGACUCCUCCUCCCCCGGCUCCCCGAACCUUCCCCCGCGGGGGAAGGCGGCGAGGGGCGGGGAGCGGACCUCGCAGCACCCGCAGCAGGGGAGGAGGGUCGAGGCCGCGGAGAGCUUCGAGGAGCUCGGGCUCGGGGAGGAGGUGAUGGCCGCGCUCGGGGAGAUGGGCAUCUCCAAGCCCACGGAGAUCCAGUGCGUCGGCGUUCCCGCGGUUCUGGACGGCACCAGCGUCGUGCUCGGCUCGCACACGGGAUCCGGGAAGACGCUCGCCUACCUGCUCCCUCUUGUUCAGCUACUUCGGCGUGAUGAAGCAAUGUUGGGAAUGUCAAUGAAGCCAAGGCGGCCAAGAGCAGUAGUACUCUGCCCCACAAGGGAGCUAACUGAGCAGGUCUAUCGUGUUGCAAAGUCCAUCAGCCAUCAUGCGCGUUUCCGGUCAACGAUGGUUAGUGGAGGCACCCGUCUAAGACCCCAGGAAGAUUCUUUGAACAUGCCUGUUGACAUGGUUGUUGGUACUCCUGGAAGGAUCUUGGAUCAUAUUAAGGAUGGUAACAUGGUUUACGGUGAUAUUAAGUAUCUGGUUCUGGAUGAGGCAGAUACAAUGUUUGAUCAAGGCUUUGGACCAGACAUACGGAAGUUCCUUGCUCCAUUGAAAAAUCGUGCCACAAAGCCUGGUGAUCAGGGGUUCCAAACUGUAUUAGUUACUGCUACCAUGACAAAGGCUGUACAAAAGUUGAUUGAUGAGGAAUUUGAAGGUAUUGUCCAUUUGCGGACAUCAACAUUUCAAAAGAGAGUUGCAACAGCACGACAUGACUUUAUCAAACUCACUGGCUCAGAAAACAAACUUGAGGCUCUUCUGCAGGUUCUUGAGCCAAGCUUGGCGAAGGGAAACAAAAUUAUGGUGUUCUGUAAUACUUUAAAUUCAAGUCGCGCAGUGGACCAUUUUCUGACUGAGAAUCAGAUAUCUACUGUUAACUAUCAUGGAGAGGUCCCGGCCGAAGAGAGAGUUGAGAACCUGAACAAGUUCCGUAAUGAAGAGGGGGAUUGCCCAACAUUGGUAUGCACUGAUCUGGCAGCUAGAGGUCUGGACUUGGAUGUUGACCAUGUCAUCAUGUUUGACUUCCCAUCGAAUUCGAUUGAUUAUCUUCACAGAACUGGAAGAACUGCACGCAUGGGAGCCAAAGGGAAAGUUACAAGCCUUGUGGCUAAGAAAAAUGUGGCUUUAGCUACAAAGAUUGAAGAGGCCAUGAAGAAAAAUGAGAGCUUGGAAGCUCUGACAACUAACAAUGUCAGAAGGGCUGCGAACCCACAGAGUGCGAGCACCAAAGGAAGGACCUCAAGGUCGGCUAAGACUUCAAGUGCUCUUAAAGUUGUCAAUCAGAAGGGUAGAAGAGGAGUUGUGCUAUCUAGCAAGUCAUCUAGGACUCCCAAGGACACGACUUCAACCCGAAGGCGCUUACCACCAAAGAUUCAGCCAAAAGCGAAAAAAUCGGCAGCACCCCAGAAAGCGAAGCUGGUGAAACCCGCAAAUAACAGCGUGAAGGUUUCAAAGAGCAAAGCAAAACCAGCGGGUCGAAAGGCGAAGGGUGAUAUUCUGAACAAGUUGGGAACUAAGCUCAGCGUGGUCGGAUUUAGAGGUCGCAGCUCAGGCAAAUCUGCGCAAUCUUCAUAAGAGGCCUGGAGAUUUUUGUCCCUGCUUAAGAAAAGGUUGAGAUUUUGGAUAGGGCACCCUGUAAAUAUCUGGGGCUUAUUUCUUCAGUUUUUUUUUUCCUUGCGGGCUUACAAGUUAAAGAAUAGAAUCGAGAUCUUAACACAAAUCUUGUAAUAUCUUACUUCUGCAUAGACUUUGGAAUAAUAUGUUGUAUUACUUUUACCCACAAUUCUGUCGAGUACUCGGGUGUAUGUAUGCUCAUUGUUUUUUAAAUUCUGGAAACUGGCCUUGCCUACCUUCGAUA